AUGGGUCAUCGUCGGUUCUUGGAUAGAGAUCAUAGGUAUAGACAUAAUAAAAGGAACUUUUAUAGAAAGUUGGAGUUGAGAGAGGCAUCGAAACAAUUGUCUGGAAAUGAAGUGUUAGCUCAAGUGAGCAAAAUUAACAUAAUAUUUGGAAAGAAGUCUGAUACCAAAGUUGGAAAGAAGAGAAAUCGAGACGAGAAUAAGGAAAAGGGAAAGGCAUCUUGUUGGAAGAAGAGAAGUAUCUUCUUCGAUUUGCCAUACUGGGCAGGUAAUAUGUUGCGUCACAGCCUUGAUGUGAUGCACAUCGAGAAGAAUGUAUGCGACAAUGUGCUUAGGACGUUGUUGAACAUCGACGGGAAGACAAAGGACAACGUGAAGUCUCGUCUGGACCUCCAAGAAAUGAAGAUAAGACGAACACUUCACCCAAAGCAGAGGCCAUCAGGCAAAAUAUAUUUGCUCCCUGCGUGCUUCACAAUGGCGAAUAAGGAGAAGGAUGAUUUCUGCAGAGUCAUAAAGAACAUGAAGGUACCAGAUGGCUAUGCGAGUAAGAUCUCACGAUGUACCAAUCUCAAAAUGAAGAAGAUUUUAGGACUCAAGAGCCACGACACUCAUAUUUUGAUGCAACAAAUACUUCCGAUAGCUGUACGAAGGACAUUACCUCCAAACGUGAGCUCAAUCCCAAUUGAAUUCAGCGGAUUCUUUAGAGAUUUGUGUUCCAAGGUUGGCCGGAUGCAGGAUUUCAAGUUUCUUGAAUCUCAAAUUGCUUUAACACUUUGUCAUUUAGAGAGGAUCUUUCCACCGUCAUUCUUUGAUAUCAUGGUGCAUUUGCCUAUAUAUUUAGCCAGCGAUGCAAUGUUAGCCAGACCAGUACAGUACCGCUGGAUGUACCCCAUCGAAAGUGAACGCAAGAAAGUGAUUAAGAAGGAGAUGCCCCGAAGAGCACCAAGGCUUCUAGAAUGCAUCCACAAUGAAAAGUUUCCAGAUUGGCUUGGGAAGUAUGUGGACCAUGUUGGGAAUGAUCAAGUUCUGAAAGAAGUUAGAAGCCUGGCUCGGGGCCCUAACACUGUCGCAAGAAGAUUUAAAGGAUACAUUAUUAAUGGUUUCAGGUUUCGUACAAAAGACCGUGAGAGGGACUUGAAAACACAGAAUAAUGGAGUUGUAGUGACGACAAAGACAUCAAGCUUUGCAAGUACAAGUGAUAGAAACCCUGUUAUAGGGGAUGUGGAUUACUAUGGUGUUUUAACAGACAUUAUUGAGUCGGAUUAUUGUGGGUCCAAGAAAGUUGUAUUAUUUAAGUGUGAUUGGGUGGAUGUAAGAACUCAGGGCAGGGGAAUCAAGAAGGAUGAAUUUGGGCUCACGCUUGUGAAUUUCAAACAAUUAUGGCAUACUGGUUGGAACUUGUAUAAUGAACCAUAUGUCUUAGCAACCCAAGUACAACAGGCAUUCUAUGUCCCCGAUCCCAUAGACCGUGAUUGGCAUGUUGUUAUCAGGUCAAAACCGAGGGACUUGUUCGAAAUGGGCAUAAAUGAUUCGUUGGUUGAUAAUGAUAUAUACCUUUAG